UUACUCAUAAAUUAACCAAAAUUAGAUUUCUUUCUUCCCACCCCGAGUUGAAUUUUUAAUUUUCCCUCAUUUUCUGUUUCGCCUUCCGUUCAACGAUGUACCUACCACAACUUCCAGUCUAAGUUCGCCUUGGACUCUUAUCUGUCGAUUCGACGCUCUUUCACGUAAAUCUCUCUCAUUGGCCGUCAAUCCUACUAUAUAUGACAUAUAUAUAUAUCCAUCCCUCAUUCUUCUUCUUCAUCCAAUUCUACAUCGAUUCCUCCAAAGCUUACGAUUGCAGUUGCAGAGGAUGAUGAAAGCAGCAUCUUUUGUAUCUACGUCGACGCCGUAAGGUUUGACGGAGAUGGAGGGGAUUGAUCGGGUCUAGACGCGUUCAAGAGUUAGGGAUUGGAGUUGAGUCUUUUUGUCGUGAAGAUUGGGAUUGUUGUGGGACAGUGGGACAGAGAAGAGAAGAGAAGGUGAAAUGGACGGAAAAUGUAGGGGGAUUAUUGUUUUGUUAAGAAAAUGAUUUCCCUAGUGGAGGACUAUUAGAUUCUGUUAUUGGAUUGUUGCCAUUCAAGUUGCGGUGCUCUCCCUUGUAUUUGACUUCUGCGAAAACUCCAUUUCUCUCUUCUCUAUGCACGACUCUACUUUGCAUGCAAGCUUGGUCAAAGUCAUGGCCGAGGAAUCAGGAAUGACAAGAGAAACUGGCAAAUACAAGGGCAGGUUGACAUCAUUUGUAAUUCUAUCCUGUAUGGUGGCUGCCACGGGAGGAGCUAUAUUUGGCUAUGAGAUUGGAAUUUCAGGUGGAGUGUCCUCCAUGAAUGCAUUUCUGGAGAAGUUCUUCCCAAAUGUGCAUUCCAAGAUGAGAGAGGACUCCAACGUCAGCAACUACUGCAAAUUUAACAGCCAAUUGCUGACCUUAUUCACAUCCUUGCUCUAUGCUUCCAGCUUUAUUGCUUCCCUCUUUGCCUCUUCAGUAACAAGGACCUAUGGGCGAAGGCCAUCUAUUAUUGUUGGAGGAGCUGCAUAUUUUGCCGGUGCAGUCCUCUCUGGUGCAGCUUCUAAUUUGUACAUGCUAAUGUCAGGCCGUGUCCUGCUUGGAGUUGGCAUUGGUUUUGCAGACCAGGCGGUCCCGUUAUAUCUCUCAGAGAUGGCUCCAGCUCGAUAUAGAGGAGCAAUCACCAUGGGCUUUCACAUCAACGUUCAUAUGGGUGCUCUAUCAGCAAACCUUAUUAAUUAUGGCACAGAAAAAAUCAAAACUGAUUGGGGAUGGAGAAUCUCCCUAUCCUUGGCAGCAGUACCAGCAACAAUUCUAACCGUGGGAGCUCUCUUCCUUCACGAAACACCCAACAGCCUAAUUCAACGGACAGAUCAUCAUCAAAAUGCCAAGUUGAUUUUGCAGAAAAUCCGUGGCACUAAAGAUGUUGAAGUAGAAUUUGAUGAUCUCAUAAACGCAAGUGCCAUAUCAAAAACCGUCACCCACCCAUUUAAGAAUAUCACGAGGAAGAAAUAUAGGCCCCAACUUAUCAUGGCAGUAGCCAUCCCAUUGUUUCAACAAUUGACAGGAAUCAAUGUCAUUGCAUUCUAUGGUCCAAUACUUUUCCGAACUGCUGGUCUGGGUGAAAGUGCAUCACUCUUGUCUACCGUUUUGAUUAGGGUUGUAAAUACGGUGGCAACUUUCAUAUCAAUGUCGAUGGUUGACAAGGUUGGGAGAAGAGUUCUUUUUCUCAUUGGGGGCAUACAAAUGUUAAUUUCACAGAUAGUUGUCGGAAGCAUAAUGGCAACUCAGCUAGGGGAUUAUGGGGGAGUCAGCAAAGGGUAUGCUUUUCUUCUUUUGGUUUUCGUCUGCAUAUAUGAUUCUGGGUAUGGUUUAUCUUGGGGUCCCUUGACAAGAUUAGUUGCAAGUGAAAUUUUCCCCUUGGAGAUUCGAUCUGCUGGGCAAAGCAUUACUGUAGCCGUGAACUUUCUUGGCACUAUCGUCAUUGCUCAGACUUUUCUAGCCGUGCUAUGCCAUUUGAAGUCUGGUAUUUUCUUCUUCUUUGGGGGAUGGCUGCUGCUGAUGACCGUAUUUAUUUACCUAUUUUUUCCAGAGACCAAGAAGGUGCCAAUUGAACAGGUGGAUAGAAUUUGGAAGGAACACUGGUUUUGGAAGAGAAUUGUAGGAAAAGAACUUGACUUGAAUUAGACCAGAAGGAUCACGAAAAUGCCCAAAUUUAUCAAUCCAGUAUUUUUUCUUUAGGUGCGGCAUAUCACUUCAACCGCCUCUCCUGAUUUAUCUUCAUCGCUUUAACCUAUCAGGCUACAAGAAAUCCAGCAAUGAAGCAAUAGGUGUGUUGCAAACAGUUCCUGUCCCAGAUAUUAGGUGUGUUGCAAACAGUUCAAUCAUUUGGGUUGCCCACUAGCGCUUGAUGUUAGGAAAGGCAAGGCAACGGAUUAUGUGGAUGACAGGGUUAUCAUUGCUGAUGUAACUUAUGUUUGUGCUUUAAUUUCCAAUAGAGAAAAUUGAAGCAAUUAAUGGUGUUCAUAUAUAAAGUUGCCCUGUUUGAAUCUUGCA